UCACCUCGGUCUGGGCGCCAAGAUGGCGUCCUCUGCCUCCGCCCGCACUCCGGCGGGGAAGCGAGUGGUGAAUCAGGACGAGCUGCGGCGCUUGAUGAAAGAGAAGCAGCGUCUCAGCACCAACCGGAAACGGAUAGAAUCUCCGUUUGCGAAGUACAACCGUUUGGGGCAGCUGAGCUGUGCCCUGUGCAACACCCCGGUGAAGAGCGAGCUCCUGUGGCAGACUCACGUCCUGGGAAAGCAGCACCGGGAGAAAGUGGCCGAGCUGAAAGGCGCGAAGGAAGCCGCCCAGGGUCCGUCCGCCAGCUCAGUGCCCCAGUCGGCCAAGAGGAAGGUGUCGGAGUUGGACGGUCCAGAUCCCAAGAGACCCAAGGCCUCCCCGCUGCCUCAGGUACAGCCCUCCACAUCCGCUGUGUCCACCAACUUUGACAAAGCAGGGAAGGAGUCCACUAGAGCGACCCUCAUUAAGGCUUCGGGACUCGGUUUACUCCCCGAUUAUGAAGAUGAAGAAGAGGAGGAGGAGGAGGAAGAGGGAGGAGAAGGGAAAAGGGGGGACACCGGCAAGCAGCCGCCCGACGCACAGGGCAAGGAACACUCGCUUUCCUCCUCGAGGGAGGCAACAAGUAGUAUGCUGCCAAGAGGUUUCUCGGAUACAGAUCCUCCCAAGGCCCCUUUAAUUCCUCACUCAGGGUCAAUUGAGAAAGCAGAAAUCCAUGAAAAAGUGGUGGAAAGGAGAGAAAACACGGCGGAAGCAUUACCGGAAGGCUUUUUUGACGACCCUGAGAUAGACGCUAGGGUACGAAAGGUUGACGCCCCGAAGGAUCAGAUGGACAAAGAGUGGGACGAAUUUCAAAAGGCCAUGAGACAGGUCAAUACCAUUUCGGAAGCCAUAGUUGCUGAAGAGGAUGAGGAGGGACGGUUGGACCGGCAAAUUGGGGAGAUCGACGAGCAGAUAGAAUGUUACCGUCGGGUGGAAAAGCUUCGGAAUCGCCAGGAUGAAAUAAAAAAUAAGCUUAAAGAGGUUCUGACUAUAAAAGAACUGCAGAAAAAGGAAGAGGAGAAUGUUGACAGCGAUGAUGAGGGAGAACUACAAGAUUUGUUGUCUCAGGAUUGGAGGGUAAAGGGGGCUUUAUUAUAGGGUUUCAAAGACUCAAGAUUUCUACACCCCCUACAGUGGUACCAAAAGUACUGUCUCUGGAUAGGAUAGUGGUUACUUCAUGCCUAACUGGGUUGUUGAGAUACAAUGAGCCUGUGAAGAUAACACUUUGAAAAUUGGUGUAAAAUAUUUUUGAAGGAAAGUGGGGUUUUUUUUGAAAAUUUUCAAGUAUUAUAUACUAAAUGCCAACUUUUCCACACAUUUACUUAAUGGUAUAAUUUUGAGUUGUCAAGUCUGUAAGCUGUAAAUAUUGUACAUAGUUAAAUAUAUAUUUACUUAAGUAAUUCUGUUUUGAAAUUUAUAAAUUAGUAGAGGCCGGGCUAGCAGAGAAUCUUUCAGGUGAAAACCAAGUGUGGUAUUUGGGAAUGCACUUGGGUUUUUUUCUUUUCUGAUCUGUUAAAUCGACUCAAGAGGGUUGUGCAGGACGUUGGGGAGGAGGGAUGUUUUUUAUUCAUAAAUACAUAAAUCAGGGCAAAUCUCA